AUGGUGUACCUAGGUACCGAAGCUGCUGCUACUGGUCGAAGGUUCGUGUCCUUGAAGGACAUACCUGAAGGUCGGUCAACGACUGUUAACUUUUCUCGUUUUCAAUCGCAAAGGCAAACACGCGUGCUUCUCAAAGACGAAAGACAUGUUGCCAUAGCCGUCGUGGGAGCCACUGGGAGCGGAAAAACCACGUUCAUCAACCAAGCCAGCGGAGCUAACCUCCUUGUUGGUAUGGGCCUGCAGUCUUGCACGGCCUCUGUGCAAGUUGCCCCACCUUUUGAGCUAGCCGGAUAUCUUGUGACACUCAUUGAUACUCCUGGUUUUGACGAUACGACUCGAAACGACGCUGACAUUUUGCGCACAAUAGCCGAGUUCCUUGCACGGGAACAUGGAAGGACCCUAGCAGGCAUUCUCUACUUACAUCGAAUCUCCGACAAACGCAUGAGCGGAAUCUCACGUCGCAAUUUCAACGUGUUCAAGCAGCUGUGUGGUGACGACACACUCAAGAACGUGGUCAUCGUCUCUAACAUGUGGGGACAGGUUGACGAGGAUGUUGGAGAUGCUCGUGAGCAGGAGCUCACCACAAAUGACACAUUUCUUAAGCCAGCACUCGACAAAGGGGCAAAGAUGGUGCGCCAUGAUAAUACCCCGAUGAAUGCUAGAGCCAUCUUGCGGCAUUUGGUUGGAAUGAAGCCGCUUCCGCUUCGUAUUCAGACAGAGAUGGUGAGGGAGCACAAGGAUGUGUGGCAGACUGCGGCGGGUGAAGAGGCUGUUGGACCUGAAUUGACCGCGCAGAACAAGAAGCAUGUUGCGGAAGUGGCGCGUUUUCAGCGGUACAUGGAAGAGGAGAUGAGUCUCAGAGACGAAGACAAUAGGAACAAAGUUAGAGAAGAAUCCCAAAGAUUCCACGUAGAGAUUAACCAGGUUCGUGAAAACGGGGAACGGCUUGCUGCCCAAUUGGAUGCGGAGAAGCAGCAGAUGGAGCGAAGGAUGGAAGAAGAAGAACAGGUUGCGGAGAGGGAAGCGGAGAGGCAACGUGCAGAAAUUACCAACCUUCACCAGAUGCUGCAUGACCAAGCUAACGCUUCGUCCACCCAGAGGGAGGAUCUCCAACGACAACUAAACGACGCAGUACGACAUUACCAACAAAGGAAUAAUGGAGGGUGCAACAUUAUGUGA